CAACUUCUUCAUUUAUUUUUUCCCUCCCGAAAUAUUGUACUAUCUGUUCAAUUUUUACAUGUAAAAAAAUCUACCGAUUUCUCCACCUUUUCCCAAGUGUUACAUUUUCUUAGUACUUCCCUACUUUGAAAUUCACGUCAUGAAUAUGACACAUUUUCUUGCUUAGUUGUAAAUUGCUUUGCCCUAUUUUUUUUUUUUUCGUUUACUUGGUCCUUUAUAGAGUGAGAUAUAGGAUUUUAAGAACUUCAUUACAAACACCAUCUAGCUAGCUAGCUAAAUCAUAUAUUCCUAACUCAAGUUUCUCCCUAUCGAAAGAGUUUAGCUAAUCGGAAAAGAUGGGCCGGCCAGGUGCGAGUUCCGGCACCUCUCAAACCCCUGAAACCAUUGAUGAUGCUCCUCCUCCAUUUGAGUCACCCCUCGAUGAUAAUCAGCAAGAAACUUAUGACAAUGAAACACCAAAGAACAAAGUAGACACUGCACCACCACAAGUGCCAAUGCCGGCGGCAGCUCCGGCACCGCCGGCGGCGGCGGCAUUCCCUCCUCAAACCUCCCAACCAUCUCAGUUUCCACCACAAAAUACCCAAACGAGGUCAAUCCAUGGCCAACCACAAGCCUUCCCGCCAUCUCAACAAGAUCAUCCCCAAUCUUUUCCUCCACAAGCUUUUCCUCCGCCUCAACAUGAUCAACCACACGCCUUUCCGCCGCCUCAGAGCGCCGGAGGUCAACCACAAGCUUUCCCUCCUCCCCAAUCAUUUCCUCCACCACAAAGCCAGCCAGCAGCCUUCCCUCCUCCGCAACCUGAAAUCCACUCUUUUCCACCUCAACAACAUCAGUAUCAUCCGCAGCCUAAUCCAACUUUUCCGACCGCCGGAACUAAUCCCGGAUUUGCACCCAAUCCGAUGAAUCAGCCAAUGCCGAAUACCGGUUUUGUUCAACCCAAUAUUCCCCAUCAGGGAUUCCCAGUUGCACCAAAUGCUCAGAUUAAUCCCUGGCAAGCAGAAUUUUUUGGUUGCAUGGAUGAUCCCACAAAUGCUCUUAUAACAGCUUGCUUUCCCUGCGUGACAUUUGGGCAAAUUGCUGAGAUUAUUGAUAAUGGCCAAACUUCUUGUGCUACAAGUGGAUUGCUGUACGGUUGCAUAGCUUUCUUCAUUGCAAUGCCAUGCUUGAUUUCAUGCACUUAUAGAUCAAAGCUGAGGGCAAAAUAUGGACUAAUGGAAUCCCCAGCUCCUGAUUGGCUCAUUCAUUGCUUAUGUGAACCUUGUGCACUCUGUCAAGAAUACAGAGAGCUUCAGAAAAGGGGCAUUGAUCCUUCCAUUGGUAAUUUGGGUUGCUUUUUUGUGAUUUUGAUUUGGGUUUUGUUAUUGGGUUCUUAUGGUAUGAAUGAAUUUAUAUUUUUCAGGGUGGCAAGGAAAUUUGGCAAGGGCUCAGCAGAGGGUGCAGAUGGGCAACAUGACCCCUCCAAUGAAGCAAAACAUGAUGGCCUAAAUCAAGAUUCAAUUUUUCCUUCUUCUUUAUACAUUUCUAUACUGUGGAGCAAAUAUGUGCAACCAAAAUCUUCACGUAAUUUUGUUGUGUAAUUGUGCUUAAACUCUCCUGUAAUUUGUACUUUUUUGUUUUUUUCUACUUUGAGGUUUGUUUUACGAUAUAUAUUUGAGAAUUGUAUGAUAUGUAUGUAAUACAUAUACUUUGGUUUCAACAAUGCUAUAUACUUCAAGGAUUUUCUUUCACCACUUAUCGUUUCUGGAAAUGCAAAUAUUCGUAUGAUCAACUUCU